CUUUCGUGAUGAGUGUUUGUGAUAGUCCCACCAUGAAACUAAACAUGGAUCGAAAAUUCAGAGAUCCCUUUAUAAAGGAGAGACGCAAAGAUUGGCUGCAGGAGGUAUAUAUGACAGAAGGCAGAGAAAAUGAUCCCCGGCGCACAUUGAAUUUUGUUGGUGAUCGAUUCAUACCGAAACGUUUCAGGCGUGAAAAUAUUGAGUACAAUUUAAAGUAUGUUGGUAAAACAGAAGAAAAGGAUAUUUUAAAAACGAGUCUGCCAUCGAUUUGCACUUAUUGGCGACAGAAUAGCUUUGUUUCCGCCAUUAAUCAAACAUUCAAUAUCAGAGAACAUCGUUUGUUGGACUUUGGUUUCACCGGCAAUGAGAGAUCAGGCCACCGCCUUAGCGGAGACUGGCCGUGUAGGCCACGUUUGAAACCCUGCGCUUUUCAAGAUGCAACACACGAUAUGCCUGAUUUUAAUUCUGGAUUCGAUUACAAUCUUAUGGACUGGUCUACCAGCGAUCAAAUUGCCGUAUCAUUUGGAAUGAAUGUUGUUAUCUGGCGUAACAAAGACGACUCUACCAUGAUAUUUGGGGUUAAGCGUCCAAAGUCGCUGAAAUAUUCGCCAAAUGGCAAAUAUUUAGCCAUUGGCUGCAUGGAAUGUGAUUAUCCAAUUGUAGAGCUCUGGGAACUACAGCCGAGUAAAGAGUUUUUUGUAGCCGAAGGCAAAUAUUUUCAUAAGUACGUCAAGGCUGUCUGUUGCAUUGAGUGGACCCGAGAUAGCACGGAAAUUCUAUGCGGCACUAGCAAUGGUGACAUCUACGUGCUGCCAGUUCCUGCUAUGCGAACCCGCCUAUUGAUUCAAAAACACAAACAUCCGAUACGUAUUAUGCGCUUCUCACCAAGUAUGCGGUAUCUGGCAACGGGCGAUAGCAUCGGAAAUAUUUAUGUUUUUGAUGGCAGAACAUAUCAGGUGAUAAUGCACAUGGGAUCAAGGCAUCGGCAUGGUGUUGUCUUCGACUGGCACCCAUGGACUGGGGUCGAUCUGGCGAUAUCGGAAAAAGUACCCGCUUCCAUUAUCAUCUUGAAUAUGCCAAGAGCUGAGAUAGUCGCUUCUUAUCAACGCAGGGAUAAAAAGAUCAUGAUUAGCUCGGUCAACUUCAGCAAUGUUACUGGAGAGCUGCUGGUCAGCAUAUCGCGACGAGAUGACGAUGGAUGUCCAUACUGUGAAAUAAUUGUGCUUUCUUCGUUGAAUCAUGUGGUGGAUAUAAUUGAAAAUAAAGAUAGGGGCGCAAUCUUUAUGAUGUGGAGUCCAGAUGGCAAACGUCUCGCCACUGCUGCUCUUGAUGAAUCAUUUUCCAUUUGGAACUUUUAUCCCCAAUACGAGUACAAUGGUCAUGAAAAAAAUGAACGGCACUCUUCAGCAGAUGAAGAUGCUCGUGAUCCGCUGGCACUGUUCGGAUUUAUCAAAUAAUUUAAUGUAUAAAUGUGUUUUAAUCCUGGAACCUAUUCCUGUUUACAAGAAUAUUUGUUUAGUUUGUCUUCUUCAAAAGAACUGUUUUUACAUACGCAACCUUGUUUGAAGCUAACUUAUGUAUUGAUUGAUCAAUCAUUUCUCCGAAAUUAAGGAGCUUUAGGUUGCACAGAAAUUAUUGGUCAAUUGGCAUAUCGUUCCUAAAGCAGCUACAUAGAAUUAUAGCAUUAUAUGGUAGUCUGAUUUGGGUUUGAAUACUUGCGCUCCCGAUCAAAUAAAAACUAUGUAUGUAAAUUGCUUUAAAUUUUAA